GGGGGUCUAUUCUCAAACGUAUCGAACCACGCUUUCGAUCAAUAGUUGAUCGAAAACAACUUUGAUUUCGAUUGAUAACAAAAAUACUAUUCUCAAACCGCUUUCGAUCAUUAGUUCGAUAGGAAUAUUCGACAAUAUACAACGAUAGUGAAUUUGGUGUCGAAAACUGUUUUCGACACACAAUUUUCACUGUAAUCAACUAAUUUAUCAGUUUUUUCAAUUUAUUGUUCGUACUUGUAUCGUAUUUAGUACUAUAAUCUAUAAUUAAUAAUUAAAAGAGUAUAGUUCGCGAACGAGAAUGAAUGUUUAAAUAUUUAUCAUGGCAUUUGAUGACGAUUUUGAGAUUUACAAUAUAAUGCAAAUUAAUGAAUUAGAAAUUCAAAACGAAAUUAAUAUUACUAAUGAAGUAAGACGAGUUAUGAAACAAGAAGAUCCUUUUGCACUCUCUGAACAACAGUUUAUUGGUACUUAUCGUUUAAGUAAGGUGCUUGUACAAAAGUUAACGGAUGAGUUAAGUCCUUUCAUGUCAAGUCCGUCAACAAUUGCUGGACUAAGUAUUCAAAGAAAGUUAUUAACAGCUCUCAGAUUUUUUGCAAGUGGAAGUUACCAGCAAGAUAUAGGGGAACACAGAGGUGCUACUGUAAGUCAAGCUUCAGUUAGUAGAUGCAUUACUGAAGUAGCUAAUGCUUUAAAUGUUCCAGAAAUACUUAAUAAAUAUAAACAUUUUCCGAGUACUAUUGAUGAACUCAAAGAAGUUCGUUUAGGGUUUUAUGAAAAAUUUGGAAUACCUGGAGUCGUUGGUGUCAUUGAUGGGACUCAUAUUGCCAUUGUACCACCUAAGUCUGACGAGCCUAUUUAUCCAGAACAUGUAUAUAUUAAUAGAAAAGGAUAAAAAAUAUUGUAAAUAAAAUAAUUUAUACUAUGUUUGAUAAAGAUUUGUGAUUCAAACCUCCAAAUUUUGAAUAUAUGUGCCAAAUUUCCAGGAAGUACACAUGAUAGUCAUAUUUGGCGUCUAAGUCCUGUAUUAGGA